AUGCUACGGCAGAUUUUAGCCGGGCCUGGUGGUACUAAAUUUAUGGCUGAUUCUAGAGUUGCAAAACGAUCCAUGUUAGUAUGGACUGUUAAUGAAGAGCAGUGGAUGAGAUGGUGUAUCAAGAAAGAGGUGGAUGGAGUUAUUACUGAUGAUCCAAAGACAUAUCUGAAAGUAUGUGAAGAAUAUGAUUCUGCGGAUUCGAACAAAGUUGGCUUUGGAUUCAAGGAUUGGAUGUGGAUUAUAUGGUUCAAUGUGUUGGCCAUGCUAUUUUCAUGGCUGGUCAGGUGUAGAUUUGGCUUUAAAAUAGACAAAGAGAAGGUUAGAGAGGGUUAUGAGAUGUCGAGGCGCAAACGGGGUUUACCUUCAUGA